ACCCUCUUCAACACCCACCGAGGCUCCCCAGUCUCCUCACAAACCUCCCGCCCCUGCCGUCCCCAGACCAGCGGCUCCUCCUCACCUCCCCAAGCCCUACACGCCUCCGCUCCCGGCUCACCUGCCGUCGGCCCUGCCAAACCCUCGGCCGCACCCCAGCCCAAGACCUCAGCUGCACCCCAGCCCAGGCCCCCGCCGCCCCUCACCUCCAAAGUCUCCUCCCCGCCCCUCCCCCGACCCCCGCUGCCCUCCAUCUCCCGACCCCCCGGCGGGUCACACUCCACUCAGCCGGCGAGCUCGUCUGCGGCCCUCAGCUCCAGACCCCCCGGCGGGUCACACUCCACCCAGCCGGCGAGCUCGUCUGCGGCCCUCAGCUCCCGACCCCCCGGCGGGUCACACUCCACUCAGCCGGCGAGCUCGUCUGCGGCCCUCAGCUCCUCCGGCUCCACCUCCAGCAGCACAGGAAGUGCUUCCGCCUCGACCGCCACUCUCCCCCCCUUCCCCUCCAUCAGCAUCCUGGAGAAGCUCAUAAAGACCUGCCCCGUGUGGCUGCAGCUGGCAGUGACCAAGGAGAGGGCCACCAACGUCCUCCACAAGCAGAGACCCAGGAUAUUUCUGGUGAGGAAGGACCCCAGUCUGAAGGCAAUGGUGCUUGCAGUGCGGCUCCCUGACCAGGAAGGGGCAUCACAAAUACAGGAGCUCCUCGUGAAAGAGGAGAAGUCGCUUAUCUACCUAGAGGGGUCUGUUCUGGUGUUUGACAACAUUUUCAAGCUCAUCGGCUUCUACUGUGUGAGCCGAGACAUCCUCCCAUUCACCCUGAGUCUCCCACAAGGCAUCAUUCAAGCAACCAAAUAUGAAGACAUGGAGAUGAUAUCCACACUUGGCUUGGAGUUUUGGGGCUCGGCUCUGAACAGCCACUCAGACGAGUGGGCGAAGGGCUCCGGCGGGGACCAGGGCAGCUCCUGCGAGAUCCAGCUGUCUGCCGGGCGCGACCGCCUCUGGUACAUCAACCCCAUCUUCGUGGACGACCACUCCAGCCCCCUCUCCCCCACAGCCCCCACAACGCCGCCUCAGCCCGUCCUCCGUAGCCAGAGCCUCACCCCCACCUCGACCUCGGGCCCCAAGUACAAGCGACCUCCCCCUCUCCCGCCACGGCCCGGCGAGGGCGCCUCCGCUCUGGCGAAGCCCACGUCAGCGGGGGGGACGCGGGGAGCCGAGAGCGGCAGGCCAUCGUCGUCGUCAUCAGAGCCGGUGUCCCCCGCCCACGCACAGGGCCUUCCUGGCCCAGCGCCCCCGAGCACAGCAGCAGCAGCAGCAGCAGCGCCUACCCAAGCGCGGGUGAAAGAGGAAGGAAGUGGUGAGCAAGAUAGCGCAGCUGCUAAAGGAGAAGCAGACCGACAGGAGCCAGUGGCUAAGCAGCAGCAGCAGCAGCAGACGCUCACGCAGACGCCAGACGGGAUAUCGCCGACGCCACCACCACAGCCGCCCGCAGCGCCACAGCGGAAAGACAGCGGGAAGGGAAAGAAGCCCCCGCUGAGCCGUCCGCCCUCCCUGCGCGUGCCCCCCGUCCCCCGACGCCGGCCCUCCGAGAAGCAGACGAGCACGGACGCGUCUAGCCAGGCAGCCGCAUCUAGCCAGGCAGCCCCAGCUAGCGAAGCUUCCUCUACGGCCGGCGCCGCCACCGCUGCCUGGGAAGAGGAAGGGGCCACUGGUGUGGUGGUGCCCGUGGGCACGCUCGUCUGCUUAGAGGGCACCGACAUGAACGACCAGACGGACAAGCCGGCAGAGGUGACCUCCAGCGCAAAGGGGACAGCAUCGCAGGAGUCUCAGCCAGCGGAGAACUCCGAGCCGGAGGCCCCGGCGGCCGCUCUCUCCCCUGCUCCACUCGCCCACGGCAAGAAGCGCGGACCUCCAGUGCCUCCCCCGCGCAGGAAGUGGCUCUCCACGGACGCAUCCCCUGGCCAGGACCCGCCUCUGUCGCCCGAGUUCAGCUCCCUCCCCCUGCAGGGCUCCACCCCUCCCCUGCCCACCCGCCGCUCCCUGUCCGUGGACCCCAAGCUGGGCGACGUCUCCAUCUACUCCCCUGACACAGCUGCCGGAAGCUUCCCCCAGCACCCAGACAACGACUCCUACUCCACCAGCAGCGCAGAAGAUGAGACAGACCCCACGGCGUCGUCGGUCGCCAGCAGUGCCGGUGGCGGUGGCGGUGGCGGUGGCGGUGGCGGUGGCGGUGGCGGUAGCGGCGGUGGUGGCGGCACCAGUAGCGGCCCUACCUGCGGCAGCAGCGGAGGCUGCGGAAUAUCCGUCAAGCGGACACCCACCAUCAUCCUGGACCGCGCCAAGCAGCGCCUCAGCAUGGUGAACUUCAGCAGCGUGUUCACGGGCAUGCUGAACUCCGAGCAGAAGCUGCAGAAGCGCCUGGUGGAGCUGUCGCGCGACACCGGCUCCUAUUUCGGCUGCCUGGUCCGCGACCACCGCACCUUCACGCUGGACACGCUGAAGAAGCACACCUCCAGCACCGAGAUGCUGCAGGAGAUCCGGCAGAUGCAGACGCAGCUCAAGAGCUACCUGAUCCAGAGCUCCGAGAUCCAGAACCUGCAGGAGCCUCACCCUUUCUCAGACGAAAAGCUGGAGGUGAUCAUCGAGGCGGCCCUGUGCAAGAGCGUGCUGAAGCCCCUGCGCGAGUCCAUCUACACCUGCCUGCGGGACAUCCACACGCGCGACGGCAGCCUCAAGAGCCUGCGCGAGAACCAGCAGGUGGUGCUGGGCACCACCUCCACAGACCUGGGCGUGACCACCUCCGUGCCCGAGACGCCCGUCAUGGAGAAGAUCACGCAGAAGCUGAGCCGGCUGCACCAGGAGUACUCGCCGCAGAGGAAGAUCGACACGCUGCUCAAGACCUGCAAGAUCAUCUACGAGUCCAUGUCCGCCGGGAGCUCGGGUAAGGCCCAUGGAGCAGAUGAUUUCCUGCCGGUGUUGAUGUAUGUGUUGGCUCGCAGUAACAUGAGUGCACUGCUGCUGGAUGUGGAGUACAUGAUGGAGCUAAUGGACCCUGCUCUGCAGCUGGGCGAGGGCUCGUACUACCUAACCACCACCUACGGUGCUCUGGAGCACAUCAAGAACUACGAUAAGCUUCCGGUGACGCGGCAGCUCAGCCUGGAGAUCCAGGACUCCAUCCACCGCUGGGAGCGCAGGCGCACCCUCAACAAGGCCCGCGUGUCACGCUCUAGCGUACAGGACUUCAUCAACGUGUCCCUGCUGGAGGCCGGCGCCAACACCAAGACCCUGGGUGUGCGACCAUCCACCAGCGCCCAGGAGCUGUGCGCCCAGUGCGGCGAGAAGUUCGAGGUGCAGGAGCCGGACUCGUACUGCCUGAGCGUGCUGGUGGACGGCGUCUACAAGCCGCUGGCCCCCGACGACAAGCCGCUGGAGAUCAAGUCGGCGCUGCACCACAGUGAGCCACGGAAGGAGUACUACUUCGUCUACCGGCUGGGGCUAUGGCCCGAGAGCUCCGAGGCGGAGCCCCAGAACGAGGUGGAGGCCCAGGACGAGGCGAGGGCCCAAGACGAGGCGGAGCCCCAGGACGAGGUGGAGGCCCAGGACGAGGCGGAGCCCCAGGACGAGGUGGAGGCCCAGGACGAGACGGAGGCCCAAGAUGAGGUGAAGGCCCAGGAUGAGACGGAGGCCCAAGAUGAGGUGAAGGCCCAGGACGAGACGGAGGCCCAACACGAGGCUGAGGCCCAAGACGAGACCACUGCCGCACCGAGCCCACCGGAGGAGAGUCUGAUUUGAGGGAGGUGUGUGUGUGUUCAAAAGUGUGUGUGUGGGUGUGUGAGAGAGUGUGUCUGCACAAGAGAGAGAAUGAGGGUUUGACAGCUGUCUGUGGAAAGGGGUUGCGAAUAUGUGGUUGUGUGUGCAUCCGAAAGAGAGAGAGAGAGAGAUAAUAGGAAUAUGUGUGACUCUGUGUGUGUGCGCGCAUCUUUCGUGUGUACAUUUGCACAUUUGCAGCUCCCUAACCUUUUCACGGAUGGAUAAAACGGGACUUGGUGCUGCUUCUAAGGAAAACAUCCACAUCCUUCACUACAAUGGUCUCUGGCUCAACUGAACAAAGACUAAAGGACACGUCCUUCCCAUUGGACAAAUAGGAUUUUCAAGUGGAACCAAUCAGCAGUCAUGUCUGCUUCAGCUCUCCAGUUAUAGUAAGAUAAAUACCACUGGCCUUUCACCAUGACAGUGACAGGCUCAGUGAGCUCAACAUAUAGAUACAAUCUGCUAGAUUACCUUUAACGUCCGGGUGCUUCUCGUGGUGUCAAGAGAAGGGGGAACGAGCUUUUGGAAUUCUGUGUGUGUUUGCAUAACCUUUAACUUAUCUAAACACGGAGCAACCUACUCUCUACAGGAAGUAUCUUGCUAUGUUUACUCAGUUCAGUGCAGCUGUGAAGUGGAGGAAGUUUUUUUUUUUUGGUGCCUUUCAGGUCCAUUCCAGCCAAACAAAGUGUCUUCCCAUGUCCAUGUCCAUGUAGGGACCCUUGCAUGGUCUGGUCCAUCUGGGGGACCUGAAUCUGCAGCUUAGACAGUGAGUGAUGGAUGUUAGGGAUGCGAGUGUCACUCCCACCCAUCAUAUGUUGCCGGGGGAACCAAGUGCCAGCAUUUUUUAAUACAACAGGGAAGCUAUUUGCUUGGGCUGCCCGGCACCAGCCCCGGCUCACCAUCUCAGAUGUCAGUGUGUCGUAGCUUAGACACAGAGCUUGAAUGGGCAAAGUAUCAUUUUUGUUAAUGUUGACUGAAACAUGUCUUAAAUUGGACGCUUUACCUGUAAUACCACGUUGGAUACUUUGCACCAGUUUGUGUGAGAGUGAGUGUGUAAAUGUUACACGGUCGUUUGCUCCAGUGGUAGAGGGGUGGCAUAGCCCUUGUGAGAGCUUCGUGUGAUGUAUUUAUCUGUGCCAAACACUUCAGGGUUCAGAAAUCAUUCACUGUGACCCACUGUGGACUAUUUCAACAUACAGCCGUAGAAACUGUACUUCCUGUGAGGGCCAAAUAAGGAGGUAUUACGCUUCCAGUGCACGCUCUAUAGUAUGCUGCUUCUGUCAUUUAUUUGCCAUCAGUAUUAUAUCAUUUUUUUUCUCCGAAGUGCUGUAAUAUGUUGCUCUGGAAAUAAAAGGGAAGAGAAACAUGGAAAGGCCACGGUAUUAUUAAACUCUGAAUGCAUGGAAAUAUUAUGCUACAUAACUACAGGACAAGCAUCAUCAAUUCAGCUUUCAGCCUGCAAACCCCCCGAAGCUUGUGGAGACACGUACAGGUUUAUUGAGUCGUUAAGUGAGAUUUUUGCUUGGAUCAGUGUAAGCACAACAAAUAAUCAUUUGCACCUCUCCCCACUGAAACCAGGUUUCUCUGAAGUCCUGAUCUAUCAUAUUAUGGAGCUUAUGAACGUGUCUGACCAUUGUCUGUCCUGCAGAGCAAGGUGAUGACAUGAAUAUGAGAAGGCAGGCCUUUUUCUUCUGAGCUCAAGAGGUGGUGACUGGGGCCAUCAGUGCCAACGCCAGGGAAAUAAUAAUUGUAUUGCAAAUAUUGAAAUAUAUAUGUACUGUAAGAUGCUUUGAACUCUGAUAUUUGCCAAAUAUAUCACUGUAAAUGUAGACAAAAUGAUUACCCUCUAUCCAUGAUUUUUACUUUCAUAGAUCUGAGUGAUUUUUCUCUGUAGGUACAAUAGGUACCAGCCUGACAUGUGCACCAGAAUAAUGUAAGGAACCUCUGUGAACGGGCGCCAAAUAAAUGUGGGUGCAAUUGUG